AAGCAACGGAUUUCCGUAGCUGUGUACAGUGGUAGCAAAAUCGGAAAAUGGGGUGCGGCUGCUACCUGACCGUCAGUUUGGCCUUGUGCUGGUAUACAACAGGCUGCUCGGUAACAAAAGGUCUCCAUCGAAGAGAAAUAAUGCAGCAGCUGCAUCAAGCAUUCGCCAAACACCAAAACGGCACGGUGCAUCUGGGCAACCUAACCAUAACGACCCCAGCUCCGGUGUAUUCGCUGGACAAUAACGUAGUAAUAAGAGCUGCCGAAAGAACGGCGAUAACGCUAAAGUGUCGUGACCAUCGUAUUGUACCGAAAACGGAGGGAACCAACCGGUUUGCUGUACGAUUCAACGGAGUAGAACACGGUGAGUUCGGCCCCAGUCAGCCCAUGGUUCCACUACCCAUGACCACAUGUGGGUGCUUGCCACCCGAUGCGGCUGUUGGAGCUUACCAUGCCACCAUUUACAAUUUAACGUCGGCCGAUGUGCACCUACUGAAUUUCAGCAACGCCAACGGCGGCCAGUACGAGUGUGUGUGGUACAACGGGGGCGACGCUGGUUACGUUAGUCAGCGCUACCUGGUCAGUUCCCUGUUGACUGCUCAAGAGGUCUUCACUCCGCCGCUGCGUAACAUCUCGGCCAAGGUAGGCGAAAGCGUGGAGUUACGCUGCUGGGUAAAAUUCGACGCCAUGAUGGGUGGGAUGAUGGGACGAUUCCUGUGGAUCAGUGAGAAGGACGUGUUGUCCGCGAGCGGCUUCGAGCAGCUGCAACACAUCGUGCGCCGACGGGACGGCAUCUCCGUGCAUUACAAAUCUGACGCUAAUUGCACCUGCUACGUAGCACUGAAGAUUCCGGCCGUUCGGCGGGAUGAUGCCGGAUCGUAUCAAUGUUGGUUUAAAGCAGAUGAUAUCUUUGAUGAGUGGCUGGUGCAAAGCGCGUUUCUUACGGUGACGUGACAGUGGGUUGGUCUGCUACUGUUGGCCAACAAAUUUGAAGGAGUGGCAAACCGCAUGAUCAAGCAGUUUUGGAAAAGAUGAUUUAUUCGCCAAAGAUAUGCCGUUGUAUUUAGUAUUAACGUGUUUCUGGGGUGCCGCUUGCACUGAUUUGUUCUUGUGGAGGCAUCCCGUUGUUAGUGCUGGUUUUAACUGUUUAACUGACUUAGCUGCUGGUGACAUGGUGACUUGGUGACAUUAAAUUGGGUAUGCUUUAAUUGUUUUUUCU